AUGUGGCUACGCGUGGCGUUGGACGAUCACGCCUCAGGUCUCGACGUCCCCUUUCCCACCCAGGAUCAUCCGACAGAGCGUCUUCUUCACAACCGGGUUUCGUCGGUCGACUAUGUUCUCAAUCGAUCCCGGCCGGCCGAGAACCGCUUUGACCAGCGCCUUUGUGGCCUGGAAGUCUAUCCUGCUGCUCAUCGCCCAUCCGAGGAAGCUAUACUCGAUGUAGCGACGAAAUUGACGCGAUGGGAUGCCAUAUAUUUCAUCCAGUCCGCGCGCCGCGGCCAUGUGUUCGAGCAAGAGUGGGCUUUCGGACUGGCAUUGCCGAGCGUCAUCUCAUUCCUCGUGAAAGGUAUCACGGGAUUCGGUAUUGAAAACACCGGCGGAUUGGAGUCAACAGUCGGCAUUGUACUUGCUCAUCUAUCACACUUCCUCUCCGUACUUGCGCUAUACCACUUAGGGCUGAAGCUGUACGGCGAGCGGCGCCUUGCAUUCGUUUCCGCGCUGCUACAUGUCCUAUCUCCUGCUGGAUUGUUCCUCUCAGCACCGUACAAUGAGAGUCCCUUCUCAUUUCUAUCUUUUGUCGGGUAUCUGCUCUUCGCACAGGGAUGUCUCGAUAAAUCACGAGGUCAACUCGGCGAUGCCGCCAUUGUAGGGUCCGGCAUCAUCUUCGGGCUCGCAACCGCUUUCCGCAGCAACGGACUUUUGAACGGGAUUCCUUUCGCGAUAUACUCCGUUGUCGAACUAAGGCAGUUCUUGAAAUCUCCGAAUACUGUCAGCCUCAGGCGGCUAGCUGCGUUCGGCAUCGGGGGUCAGAGCAUCGCGUUGGGAUCCAUCGGCCCACAGGCUCUAGCCUACGAGAUUUUUUGCUCCGAGCUUUCCGAUGCCGAGCCAAGGCCGUGGUGCAACAAGUUGAUUCCCAGUAUCUAUACGUUCGUGCAGGAACGUUACUGGAACGUUGGCUUUCUGCGCUACUGGACACCCGGGAACAUCCCUCUUUUCCUGCUUGCCGCACCCAUGAUCUAUCUUCUGAUCAAGUCAGCAUGGGACAUGCUCAUUGCUAUUUCGACAACUGCCGGGAGACGACGGACCGAUUCGAGUGUUCCGUCGGAUUCUUCUAUGCUCAUCGCAGCAAUGGCUCUUUCUCAACUUGUCCUGGCCACGUCGGCGGUCACCACCUACCAUAUCCAGGUCAUUACAAGAAUCUCUUCCGGUUAUCCUCUCUGGUAUUUCUGGCUGGCUCAGAAAUUAUCGGCGCCCGUAACAUCCAAGACGGCGAGUGGCGUAGUGACCUACAUGGUAAUGUACGCAGCGAUUCAAGGGGCUCUGUUCGCGUCGUUUCUUCCCCCAGCUUAA